ACUGCGUCAUCGCUGCGUGCUCCGGAACCAGCGAGCCCCACUCGACAAGACGAGGGGUCGAUUUGUUCCUUAGCAGAGCAAGCGACAUUAUUGCUCAUUUUAUCGCAAAAUAACCACAAAUAAAGCAGACAGCAGUGGUUUGGAUGUGUCUAUAAGGUGCUUUCUGUCUCUGAGGUCCAGCAGUGCAGCCAGUUGCCAUGGCGUCUCCAGGGGGACAAGGAGGAGGAGCUCUGUCAACGAGAGGAGGCAGCGGUGCCAGGAGGAUGAAGUGGGCUCUGGAGCUGAGCUUGGGCAACACCAGGAGUCGCAGUGAUCGUCAGGGUGGUCAGGGGGACGUCGUUUACCCCAUCGGCUACUCUGAGAAACCCGUCCCCGACACCAGCAUCCAGGAGACGGACAAGAACCUGGUGGAGAAGCGUUGUUGGGACGUGGCUCUCGGGCCCCUGAAACAGAUCCCCAUGAACCUGUUCAUCAUGUACAUGUCAGGCAACACCAUCUCCAUCUUCCCCAUCAUGAUGGUCUGCAUGAUGGCCUGGAGGCCCAUACAGGCGCUCAUGUCUAUGUCUGCCACCUUCAAACUGUUGGAGAGCUCCAGCCAGCAGUGGCUCCAGGGCCUCGUCUACCUGGUGGGUAACCUCCUGGGCUCAGCGUUGGCCAUCUACAAGUGUCAGUCGAUGGGACUGCUCCCGACACACUCGUCCGAUUGGCUGGCUUUCAUAGAACCGCCUCAGAGGAUGGAGAUCAUGGGUGGAGGGAUGGUGUUGUGAAGACGACGGAGCCUGCACAUUGAAUAGAUUCAGAUAUUUACAGAGGUUAUAUACUGUACAGUCUCCUUCUGCUCAGAUUCACGACAGGUUACAACACGUUUGUUAAUAAAUCAGCGGCAGGAUGUGCAGCGCAGCUUUUUGCCACACACACUCUGUUUUCCUUUAUUUAACAGAGACGUUUAAUUUCCCAUCCUGCUGCCUUGCUUCAUGGUUUCAACCUCUGUUGUUCAUUUGUCUUUUAAUAAAGGUUUAAAUGCCAGCAGAUCAUCA